AUGUCUCUGGCCAUGGACGAGGACGAGUACGCCAAGCUGGUGCUGGCCUCGGAGCCCGAGUGGCUGCGCGCCGAGGUCAAGCGGCUCUUCCAGGAGCUGGGCGAGACCAGCCGGCAGAAGAUCCAGGCGGCCGAGUACGGGCUGGCGGUGCUGGAGGAGAAGCAGCAGCUGAAGCAGCAGUACGAGGAGCUGGAGCUGGAGAACGAGACCAUCCGCAGCGAGAUGGAGCAGCUGAAGGAGGCUUUUGGGCAGGCUCAUACCAACCAUAAGAAAGUUGCAGCAGAUGGGGAGAGCAGGGAAGAGACCUUGAUUCAGGAAUCUGCCACAAAAGAAGAGUACUACAUGAAAAAAGUCAUGGAGCUGCAGACUGAGCUGAAACAGCUGCGUAACGUUCUUGCCAACACCCAGUCUGAAAAUGAACGCUUGAAUUCUGUUGCCCAGGAACUGAGAGAGAUUAAUCAGAAUGUGGAAGUACAGAGGGGCCGCUUGAGAGACGACAUCAAAGAAUACAAGUUCCGAGAAGCCCGCUUGCUGCAAGAUUACACUGAGCUCGAGGAGGAGAACAUCUGCCUGCAGAAACAAGUGUCUGUUCUGAAACAGAAUCAGGUGGAAUUUGAAGGGCUGAAGCAUGAAAUCAAGAGGCUUGAAGAGGUAACUGAAUUCCUCAACAGCCAGCUAGAAGAUGCCAUACGGUUGAAAGAGAUAUCUGAACGCCAGCUUGAGGAGGCCUUGGAGACCCUGAAGACUGAACGUGAACAGAAGAAUAACCUCCGCAAGGAGCUGUCCCAUUAUAUGAAUAUCAAUGAUUCCAUGUACACCAGCCACUUGAACAUCUCCUUGGAUGGACUGAAGUUCAGCGAUGAAACCAUAGAGCCCAAUAAUGAUGAAAUCGUGAAUGGUUUUGAACAAAACUGCCUCAGUAAAAUCAACAAUGGCAACAAUAAAGCAUCUGUGCCGAAGAAAAAUGAAAGCUUCCCUCCAGCCCCCAGUGUUGUGUCUGACCUCUUAAGUGAGCUCAAUAUAUCUGAAAUCCAAAAGCUUAAACAGCAGCUUAUUCAGAUGGAAAGGGAGAAGAUGAAUUUGUUGUCCACACUUCAAGAGUCUCAGAAACAGCUGGAAAAUACCCGGGGAGCCCUUUCGGAGCAACGUGAGAAAGUUGGCAGGCUCACAGAGAACCUGACUGCCAUGAAGAAGCUCCAGGUCAGCAAGGAACGUCAGUCAGCUCUUGACAAUGAAAAGGAACGUGAUAGCCAUGAAGACGGAGACUAUUAUGAGGUUGACAUCAAUGGCCCAGAGAUUCUAGAAUGCAAAUAUAAAGUGGCUGUGGUGGAGAUCAGCGAUUUGAAAGAAGAGCUUAAAGUCCUUAAGGCCAAAUAUGAGGAAUGUGAAUCCAAGUAUGAAGAGGAGAAGAACAAGUAUGAGACAGAAACUCAAGCUCUGGCAGAAAAGAUCACCUCACUGGAAAAAUCUAGCAGGCAAGAUAGAGAGCAGGUAGUCAGAUUGGAGAAAGAACUCAAGAAAGUCAGUGAUGUUGCUGGGGAAACCCAAGGCAGUCUCAGUGUUGCCCAAGAUGAACUGGUCACCUUCAGUGAAGAGCUAGCUAACCUGUAUCAUCAUGUUUGUAUGUGCAACAAUGAAACUCCAAACCGGGUAAUGCUGGAUUACUACAAAGAGGGUAAAGGAGGACGCACCAGUCCGGAGGGCAAAGGUCGCCGGUCACCAAUCCUGCUCUCCAAAGGCUUGUUGUCCAUAGACUUAGGAAAAUCAGAGAAUGGGAGUGGUGACAGCAGUCCAUCACCAGUGUCAUCUCUCCCAUCACCAGUAUCAGAUCCUAGGAAGGAACCAAUGAACAUUUACAAUCUGAUUGCCAUAAUUCGUGACCAGAUAAAGCAUCUUCAGGCCGCUGUAGACAGAACAACAGAGUUGUCCAGGCAACGGGUGACUACACAAGAACUUGGGCCAGUAGUGGACAAAGACAAAGAAGCUCUUAUGGAGGAAAUCUUGAAGCUGAAGUCUCUGUUGAGCACCAAAAGAGAGCAAAUAGCGACUCUGAGAACUGUGCUAAAGGCCAACAAGCAGACAGCAGAAGUUGCCCUUGCCAACUUAAAAAGCAAAUAUGAAAAUGAAAAGGCCAUGGUUACAGAGACCAUGAUGAAGCUCCGCAACGAACUGAAGGCUUUAAAAGAAGAUGCUGCUACCUUCUCUUCCCUGAGGGCUAUGUUUGCUACAAGAUGUGAUGAGUAUGUCACCCAGCUGGACGAAAUGCAACGCCAGCUGGCUGCAGCUGAAGAUGAGAAGAAGACACUGAACUCCUUGCUCCGCAUGGCCAUUCAGCAAAAACUGGCCUUGACCCAGCGCCUUGAGCAUCUUGAGCUGGAUCAUGAGCAAUCCAAAAGGGUGCGCACAAAAUCCACUUCCAAAGCCAAGAGUAGUAACCCCAGCGUAAGUCAUAUACGAUCCUGCGGAGACAGACCUGAAGGGUCUGUGCUCAAUAACCAGGUCUUUUGCAGUGAGAAAUAUAAGAUCUAUUGUGACUAAGGAGGCAAAAAGAAGGUCAUAAAUAUGUAUCUAACGUUUGUGCUGUUCAGUGUCAGCAUAAAUCCCCACUAUUUUAAUGUUGCAGUGAUGAGUGGAUUUGUACUAGUAUGUUGUUAAACCAUGUAAUACAGGUUGUAUUAUAGUGGUCUUAACUGUAACUGAUUCUCAAGCAUGGGACAGGGGUAAUGCUGUUAACAAGUUACGUGGUGGGAAAGUUCUUCCACAAGAGCGAGUAUGGUUUUGCUGUCUUAUGGGUAAGUGUUAAAAAUGCACACCAGGUAUGUGGCAUCUGGUGUUAUUAACUGUAGCUCGUAUAGCACAAAUGUGAUCCUUUCCCCUGAGUUAGAAGCAUUCUUCUUGGAGGAGAUAAUUUCUCUGGCAAAAAAAAAAGCAUCUCCUUGUCUAAUUUGUUUGAGAAGUGGUGAAAUGUGUCACUUGCAAUUAGAUGCAGAACCCGGGUAUGGAGAGACUUUUAAAACCAAGCG